AUAUAAACAUAAAAGUAGAAACCAUUUUGUAUCGAACACUACUUACUACUUAAGUUAAAAUUUUUAUGUCAAGAUUAAAACAUGGCACAUUUAACAAUAUCAUGUUUAUUUAUUGUUUUAUCGGUAAUUGGGAUUAAUGGAGCUGUCGUUGAAACGACAACGAAGCUUCAAGGUUACUCAACAAAGUAUGACAAUUUCGAUGUAACGAAGAUUUUGGACAGCACCAGGUUGGUCAGGAGAUACGUGGACUGUUUGAUGGACAGGUUGACAUGUCCGCCAGAAGGAAAGUUUUUGAAAGAUAUCAUUCCUGAUGCAAUCUCCAACAAGUGCGCUAGAUGCAAUGAAAAACAGAAGAAACAAGCAGGACUAAUACUAUCUCAUCUUCUACUCAAGGAAAGGGAUCUUUUCCUCGAUCUGUGCACUAAAUAUGAUCCAACUGGGGAAGCUCGUAAAGCAAAUGGAAUUGAUGAAGACUACGAUGAAGACUAUGAAGAUUCUAAAUAAUUAAUUGUUUAAGAAAAGUUUCAUUUUGUAGGAUUUAGUUUUUGUAUAAACGAUUAUUUUAAUAAAUAAAAUAAAUUUAAAAUAUAAAUAUAAA